AUGUCUAGUCUGUAUGCAGGAGUGGAGAUAUCGGCUGGUGUCUACUGUACGUCUAGCCUGUAUGCAGGGGUGGGGAUAUCGGAUGGUAUAUACUGUACGUCUAGCCUGUAUGCAGGUGUGGGGAUAUCGGCAGGUAUCUACUGUAUGUCUAGCCUGUAUGCAGGGGUGGGGAUAUCGGCUGGUAUCUACUGUACGUCCAGCCUGUAUGCAGGUGUGGGGAUAUCGGCUGGUGUCUACAGAAUGUCUAGCCUGUAUGCAGGGGUGGAGAUAUCGACUGGUGUCUACUGUAUGUCUAGCCUGUAUGGAGGUGUGGGGAUACCGACUGGUAUCUACUGUACGUCUAGCCUGUAUCCAGGGGUGGGGAUAUCGGCUGGUGUCUACUGUAUGUCUAGCCUGUAUGCAGGGGUGAAGAUAUCGGCUGGUAUCUACUGUACAUCUAGUCUGUAUGCAGUUGUGGGGAUAUCGGCUGGUAUCUACUGUAUGUCUAGCCUGUAUGCAGGUGUGGGGAUAUCGGCUGGUAUCUACUGUAUGUCUAGCCUGUAUGCAGGGUUGGAGAUAUCGGCUGGUAUCUACUGUAUGUCUAGCCUGAUUGCAGGGGUGGAGAUAUCGGCUGGUAUCUACUGUACAUCUAGUCUGUAUGCAGGGGUGGAGAUAUCGGCUGGUAUCUACUGUAUGUCUAGCCUGUAUGCAAGGGUGGGGAUAUCGGCUGGUGUCUACUGUAUGUCUAGCCUGUAUGGAGGUGUGGGGAUAUCGGUUGGUAUCUACUGUACGUCUAGUCUGUCUGCAGGUGUGGGGAUAUCGGCUGGUAUCUACUGUAUGUCUAGCCUGUAUCUAGGGGUGGGGAUAUCGGCUGGUAUCUACUGUAUGUCUAGUCUGUAUGCAGGUUUGGGGAUAUCGGCUCGUAUCUACUGUACGUCAAGUCUGUAUGCAGGUGUGGGGAUAUCGGCUGGUAUCUACUGUAUGUCUAGCCUGUAUCCAGGGGUGGGGAUAUCGGCUGGUAUCUACUGUAUGUCUAGCCUUUAUGCAGGUGUGGGGAUGUCGGCUGGUAUCUACUGUACGUCGAGUCUGUAUGCAGGUGUGGGGAUAUCGGCUGGUAUCUACUGUACGUCGAGUCUGUAUGCAGGUGUGGGGAUAUCGGCUGGUAUCUACUGUACGUCUAGUCUGUAUGCAGGGGUGGAGAUAUCGGCUGGUAUCUACUGCACGUCGAGUCUGUAUGCAGGGGUGGGGAUAUCGGCUGGUAUCUACUGUACGUCCAGCCCGUAUGCAGGUGUGGGGAUAUCGGCUGGUGUCUACUGUAUGUCUAGCCUGUAUGCAGGGGUGGAGAUAUCGGCUGGUGUCUACUGUAUGUCUAGCCUGUAUGGAGGUGAGGGGAUACCGACUGGUAUCUACUGUAUGUCUAGCCUGUAUCCAGGGGUGGGGAUAUCGGCUGGUGUCUACUGUAUGUCUUGCCUGUAUGCAGGGGUGGAGAUAUCGGCUGGUAUCUACUGUAUGUCUAGUCUGUAUGCAGGUGUGGGGAUAUCGGCUGGUAUCUACUGUAUGUCUAGCCUGUAUGCAGGGGUGGAGAUACAGGCUGGUAUCUACU